AUGUUACUCAACUCUAUAAGUGAUGAUCAACAACAUCAUCUACAUCAACAACAACAACUACAACAACAACAUCACUAUCAACAAUUACAACAAUCUCCACCAUCCAUACAUAAACGAUUCAAGGAGGAGAAUGGAGAUGAUAGUAGACAGACACAACAUUUUGACUCGUUGAGCGUUCUCAACUCGCCGGCCAAGAAGUCAAAGGUCGGCCAUCCCAUAAAUGAGGAGACCUCGCCACAUGCCUCCUCGCCACAACUCCUCAGAUCAAAGACCGUGCCACUCUUUGACCAUCUAUGUCCUUCAUCAUCCACCUCCACAACACAUUCAAGUUUGUUGCCAGGACUUAAUAAUCAUCAUCACAAUAGAGCAUCAGUUGGACUUGGACAUGGAAAUGGCCACUCACACGCUAAUCCACAUGGACAUGGCUUUGAAAGAACUGAACAGAUGGUGGCCGACCAUGAUAAUAACUGGGGACAUGAGGAUCUGUCGGACGAGGAUGGAGACUGCCAUCGUUGCCCAGGGAUCAACUUGAAGGGCUCGUCCGCCAAUGGCAUCCCCAACUCGGCAUCAUCCACACCAACACACUCGCCCAAGGCCAAUGUCGGCACUCCCUCGCGUCCAUUCCCCAACCUGGACUACAAGAUGAAGAGUGAGCAGGUCAAGCAGAACCCAGACGGCACAUACAGUUGCCCAUACGACAGCUGCCGCAAGACGAUCAAGGGCAACAAGGGCAACCUGUCCUCGCAUCUCAGGUGGCAUCGUCGUCUGGACGCCGAGGCGGGCGAGGGCAAGGGCAUCCCCAUGGAGGAGGGCGAGGAUGAGGAGUUCACCACACCCAUGAAGCCAUCGCAGCGUGGCGUCCAACUGCGCAACCAAAUGAUAUACUACGGUCUCAACCUAUUCCGCCAGGACAACCAGGGCAAAUACCUGUGCUUCUUUGAGAACUGCAACCUGAGGAUGUUGACCAACUUCUCCCGACACAUCGCCAAGCACGAGCGCAAGGGCGACCGCAUCAAGGACGACCUGGUCGAGCAGUCGCCCCGCCGUCUAGCCAUGAGCUCGCCGCCCUCCGCCUCCAUCGGCACCCUGCACUCCAGCCUCUCCUCGCCCAUGCUGCUACUCUCGCAAAGCCUGCAGUCCACACCCAACCUCUCACCGCUUCAAGACAGCUACAAGACUGCCAAGAAGAAGCCUUUGUUUGUAAACACCAAGUCGUGCUCAUCAUUGUUGGGCAGCGGCAACUCGCACAUUGGUAGCAGCUCGUCCACGCCCAACUCCCCUUCGCCAGCAUCUCUUAAACUAAGUGCCAUACUCGCCAACAGUACCUCAGGCGCAGGCGACAAGCCAGCGGUCCUCGGCAAGAUUGACAGCCUGUUAGUAUCAUCUGGCUCCGAGUCAGACCUGUCCGACUUCUGGGUGCCAUCAUCAUCGCACGGCUCACCAAGGCCAUCGGUGAUGUCACCACAGACUCCAUCAGCGUCCAAGCCAUUAUCCAUCGCGCCCAAGGAGGAGAUCCAAUGGGUUUACAAAGUGCCCAAUGCGCCAACCUCUACGCCAUGCAGUCCACGAGUGUCAAACAAUGCGCUGAGUCAUUCGUCCAGCACCGUACCCACCACUCCCAUCCUGAGCAAGGGCCAGUCGAUCCCGCCACCCAUGACGCCAACCUCCCACAUGAGUUUCCAAUUCUCCAAACUCCGUUGUCGCUCACGUGAAGAUGAAGUGUUGGCCAAGUCACUGAUUGGUCUUGGACAUUCUGAUUGA